AUGACAGAGACACCACAGACGAUGCAGGACACCGUCCCAGGCGCGAUUGAUAGCGCAUUCGCAGAGAUUGCGAACCCUGAUAUCGAAAAAUUGCUCAAACAGCUGACACAAGAGGAGAAGGUUGCUCUUCUGAGUAGUGAGGACUUUUGGCACACAGUUCCCAUUCCUCGACUUAAAAUCCCGUCCAUCCGCCUUUCUGAUGGACCAAAUGGUGUUCGCGGAACGCACUUCUUCAGUAGUGUUCCUGCAGCCUGUCUGCCAUGUGGAACGGCCGUUGGAGCGACAUUCGACCGAGACCUUGCACUGCAAGUGGGACAUCUACUCGCAGCAGAGGCAAAGGCCAAAGGUGCGCAUGUCAUCUUGGGCCCUACCAUAAAUAUUGCGCGAGGACCGUUGGGUGGUCGCGGUUUCGAGUCGUACUCCGAGGAUCCCCUGUUGUCUGGUAUUCUUGCUGGUCACUACUGUAAGGGGUUGAAAGAGCGAAACAUCAGCGCUACGCUCAAAUAUUUUGUCUGCAAUGAUCAAGAGCAUGAUCGCAUGGCUGUUAACUCGAUCGUCACUGAUCGUGCCUUGAGAGAGAUUUACCUGCUCCCUUUUAUGAUUGCUAUUGGUCUAGGUGAUCCCAACGCUAUUAUGACCGCGUAUAACAAGGUGAAUGGUAUUCAUGCCGCUGAGCACCCGGAUCUUCUACAAAAGAUCCUGCGCGAUGAAUGGAAGUGGGAUGGCCUGUUGAUGAGCGACUGGUUCGGAACAUACAGCACCUCUGAAGCCGUCAACGCCGGUCUCGAUCUCGAAAUGCCAGCUGCUUUGAAUGCGCGCGUUCGAGCAGUACUGAAGCUCAUUCAAAAGUCAAGCAAAUCAGGCAUUCCCCAGCGAGCCCCAGAGACACGGUUAAACCGGGCGAAGGAUAGAGCUCUCCUACGAAAAAUUGCCUCGGAAGCUAUUGUCCUGAUGAAAAAUGAGGGAAAUGUUCUUCCACUAGACAAGACCAAGAAGGUUGCCGUCAUUGGACCAAAUGCCAAGAUAGCGGCCUACUGUGGUGGUGGCAGCGCUGCCUUGAACCCUUACUACACAGUCACAGCCUUUAAAGGCAUUUUACAGACUGCUGCUGCGGGUGUCGAGUUCUGGCCAGCCUAG